UUGUACAAAGUAGCCAAAGUAGGUGCUAUCGUGCAGUUUCGUCGCGAGCGUAGAGCUAGUAGAGCGCGCGAGUGGCUGCCGUCGGCGCCUGCGCCGCUCAAUGCGUUUAUAUCCAUUAUACCUAAAUACGUAAUUCCUUGUAUUAUAGAAAUAAUACAACUCAUAUUGUUAAUGGAGCAGAGCGAGUCAUACGCAAUAUUAGAUAUAAACAUAUAUGAUAAGGAUUCGGAAAAAACAGAAAACAAUGAUAACAAGAAGAAGACACCUCUCACAACUGUAAUAAAGAUUCAAAGAGAACGCGGUGAACGCGAUUACAUUGGAUUUGCGACUCUACCAGAGCAAGUACACCGCAAAUCUGUUAAAAGAGGUUUCGACUUUACACUCAUGGUAGUCGGAGAAUCUGGGCUUGGCAAGUCGACAUUGAUCAAUAGUCUCUUUCUUGGAGAUCUUUAUAAAAAUAGAAAAAUAUCCGAUGUGCAAGACAGAAUCGAAAAAACAACAACAAUCGAGAAGAAAACUAUGGAAAUUGAGGAACGUGGUGUUAAGCUACGAUUAACAAUAGUAGACACACCCGGUUUUGGAGAUGCUAUCAAUUGCGAAGACUCGUGGAGGGUGUGUUCUGCAUACGUCGAUGAACAAUUCCGACAGUACUUCACGGACGAGAGUGGACUAAACAGACGCCAUAUGCAGGACAAUCGAGUUCACUGUUGCCUCUACUUUGUUCCGCCGUGGGCUCACAGUUUGCGUCAAGUGGACCUGGAGAUGAUGAGACGAUUGCAUCGCAAGGUUAAUAUAGUAGUUGUGAUUGCGAAGGCGGAUUCGCUGACUGCUGCAGAAGUAAAGCGACUGAAAACUCGCAUACUUAACGAUUUGGAAGAACAUCAGAUUCAGGUGUAUCAAUUCCCCGAAUGUGAUAGCGAUGAAGACGAGGAGUUUAAGCAACAAGAUCGCGAGCUCAAGGCAGCGGCUCCUUUUGCCGUCGUAGCGUCAGACACUGUGCUGGAGGUGGGCGGAAAGCGCGUGCGAGGCCGACAGUACCCCUGGGGUAUUGUUGAUGUGGAAAAUCCCCGUCACUCCGACUUCACGAAACUACGGACGAUGCUGAUCUCAACCCACAUGCAAGACUUGAAAGACGUAACGCAAGACGUCCAUUACGAAAACUUUCGAGCCCAGUGCAUAUCCCAGAUUUCCCAACAUGCAAUGCGAGAAAGAGGAAAACUGAAGAGAGAUUCGAUGGGAAAUAAUACCGAUGUCGUGUUUACGGACACUGAUCGUCUACUAUUGCAGAAAGAUGAAGAGAUUCGACGUAUGCAGGACAUGUUGACGCAAAUGCAAGAAAAACUCAAAGCUUCCGAUAAGAAACAUGACAGUAUUAUCGAUGUAUAGAAUAUAGACUGCGAAUGUAGCUGAGUACUGAAGUAAUGUUUUUAAUUAGUUGUAAUUAUAAUAAUAGAACAUGUGAAGGAAAAUUGGAGAAUAUUAAUUUAUUGUAGUCUGUUAACAAUUAAACGAAAAAAUGUGUUAAGUGAGUAUAAGGUAA